AUGUCGAUGAGCGGGUUGUUGAGGACAAGUUUCACCAGAACUGCGUUGAGACGUGGAUUGGCUACGGAAGCAGGCCAAGUGGCUCCCAGAUUGAAGACAUUCAAGAUCUACCGUUGGAGUCCUGAUAAGCCCACUGAGAAGCCCAGAUUGCAAGAAUUUCAGGUGGACUUGAACAAGUGCGGGCCUAUGGUGUUGGAUGCGCUUUUGAAGAUCAAGGACGAGCAAGACGGGACUUUGACGUUGAGAAGAUCGUGUAGAGAAGGUAUUUGCGGGUCGUGUGCCAUGAACAUCGGUGGCAGAAACACGUUGGCGUGUUUGUGCAAGAUCGAUCCCGAUACGUCGAAGGAGUCUAAGAUUUACCCCUUGCCACACAUGUACGUCAUCAAGGAUCUGGUUCCGGACUUGACGCAGUUUUACAAACAGUACAAGUCGGUGCAGCCUUAUUUGCAACGAAGCAGUGUCCCUGAAGACGGCAAGGAAAUCCUGCAGAGCGUGGAAGAUCGUAAGAAGCUUGACGGGUUGUACGAGUGUAUCUUGUGUGCUUGUUGCUCCACGUCAUGCCCUUCGUACUGGUGGAACCAGGAACAAUAUUUGGGUCCAGCUGUGCUAAUGCAAGCUUACCGUUGGUUGAUCGACUCUCGUGACCAGGCUUCGAAGAUGAGAAAGGAAAUGUUGCAAAACUCGAUGUCCUUGUACAGAUGCCACACCAUCAUGAACUGUACCAAGACUUGUCCCAAGGGUCUGAACCCUGGUUUUGCCAUUCAAGAAAUCAAAAAGUCUAUGGCCCUUGAGUGA